AUGAAACAUCAUACGUUACUUCAUUUUGGUAAGGACCAGUCGCAAGAGUCGCAACUAAUCGAUUCUACUGCUAAUGUAGCAUUAGUUGAUGAGGACGAAAACCCGUCCUUUGAUGACAUUUCUGUACCUAACGUCGCCAUUUGUAGUUUGUCAACUCAAGGAGUCAUGUCGCCACGUGCCGUGCGUGCCUCGACAGAAGUGUUGGCUACUGCAAAGGUAUAUGCCAUUGGUCGCGACGGUCGUGACGUCACAAUUAGGUGUCUGUUAGACCCUGGUUCCCAAAAACAUUAUGUUACGGCUAGAUGUUGUUCUAAAUUAGGUCUCAAUGUUAACCGUAGCGCACCUGUCGUUGUUAAAGGCAUAGGUGGCGCUUCUCAAGUAAUUAAGGGAUCUGUAAAUAUGACUUUCAAAUCACGGUUUAACACUAAAUUUCAGUUUAAUAUUCAACCGCUAGUGUUAAACCAAAUUACUUGUUCUCUCCCUACAUGCCCUGUAGACGCAAUUAAUUUCGAGAAUUUUAGAAAUAUCCCACUGGCUGAUGACUCGUGGGACACACCGGGUGAAAUUGAUUUAUUAAUCGGUGUUAAUUUGUUCGCAAGGAUGUUAUUGUCUGGUAAGGUAGUGAAUCCUCCAGGCACGCCCGAUGCCCUCGAGACUGUGUUGGGAUAUAUCGUGCUCGGGGAAGCGCCUACGCUUGCGCAAUCCCCGCGUUCAUUAGCGUUGUGUACUACCGCUUCUUGUCAAAUUGAGGCGUUAGUUAGAAAAUUUUGGGAAAUUGAGGAGGUAGAAUCCAAAUCUAUUCUUAAUGUAGAUGAUAAACAUUGCGAGGAAUUUUAUACUGCCACGACUACUCGUGAUUCAGCAGGCAAAUAUAAAGUGGCAUUGCCAUUUAAAUGUAGCCCCGACUUACUUGGUAACUCCUUUGACGUCGCAAAACGCAGAUUUUUAUAUUUGGAGCGAAAAUUUAUUGCACAACCUCAAUUAAAGCUUUUAUAUGAUGACGUUAUACAGGAUUAUAUAAAUAAAUUGUAUUUGUCGCCGGUGCAUAGUGCACAGGAACGAAGUGAUCGCUGUUAUUACAUUCCACACCACGCUGUAGUGCGUGCAGAUAAAAGUAGUACGAAGGUGAGACCCGUGCUAGACGCCAGUGCGAAGUCGAAUAAUGGAUUGUCUUUAAACGAUGUCCUGCACAGUGGUCCCAACUUACAAAGGGAUCUUUUAACUAUAUUAUUAAACUUACGUCUUUUUCCAAUUGCCUUAUCGGCUGAUGUAAAACAAAUGUAUUUGAGAAUAGAGGUACGUAAGGAAGAUCGUUGCUUCCAACGUAUCUUAUAUCGUUUUCGCCCUGACAAUCCUGUUCAAAUUUAUGAAUUUAAUAGUGUUGCCUUUGGGCUUCGGUGUAGUCCAUAUUUGGCAUUGCGCACCAUAGCUCAACUUGCAAUUGAUGAUGGCGCUCGCUUUCCUUUAGCUAAGGAAAUCGUAAACAGAGAUUUGUAUAUGGAUGACAUAGUAACUUCUAUUAUGAAUCCUGAGUAUGCUAUAAAUGCAUCUCAAGAAUUAAUAGCAUUAUUUGCGGCAGGAGAUUUCCAACUGGUUAAGUGGUCUAGUAACUGCAAGGAAGUUCUGUACAAAAUUCCAGAAGAUUAUCGACUGUCACAACAUGUAGAAUUUGAUAAAAAUGAUGUUUUAAAAAUUUUGGGGCUCUGUUGGGACCCUAGUAAUGAUGUUUUCACAUUCAAUGUUAUCCCAGACGAACGACCUUGUACUAAAAGAAAUAUAUUAUCUUCAGUCGCUCGUUUAUUUGAUGUUUUGGGUUUGGUAGCCCCGGUAAUCCUAUACGCAAAGCUUCUGAUAAAAGAGUUAUGGAUUCUAAAGGUGGACUGGGAUGCAACACCUCCUCCACAUAUAAUAAAGUGUUGGUCUCAGUUCCAAACGGAACUACCGCUUAUUUCGAAGUUAUAUUUUCCUCGUCACCUAGGGGUCGUAGAUCAAUGCACCGUCACUAUUUUAGGUUUCGCCGAUGCUAGUCAGAAGGCUUACGGUGGGGUAGUUUACGUUCAUGUAACACAUGCACAAGGUUCAAACCAAAUAUCUUUGGUUUGUGCGAAAUCAAAGGUUGCGCCCUUAAAGGUAAUUUCGCUUGCUCGCCUUGAGCUUUGCGCUGCUGUAAUUCUAUCCCAGCUGAUUAAACGUGUCUAUGAAACUUAUUCAGCUAGGUACCCUAUAGAUGCAAUUUAUGCAUUUUCGGACUCCACAGUUGCAUUAAACUGGAUUCAUUCAUCGCCUCAUAGGUGGCAUACUUUUGUAGCCAAUCGGGUUACGAAAAUUCAGGAUAAUUUACAACCUGAACAUUUUUAUCAUAUAAAGGGCAGUGAGAACCCUAGCGAUUGCCUCUCACGGGGGUUAACGCCAGCUCAAUUAUUGAGUCAUCCACUUUGGCUCCAUGGUCCCCUAUGGGCCUCGUCUUCAAGGGAUAAUUGGCCUGUUAAACCCUUCACUGUGAUUGCUAACGUAGACAUACCUGAAUUGAAACCGGUCUCAAUGAUUUUGACGUAUGAAGAACUCUCAACCGUACUCACUCAAAUAGAGUGUUUAUUAAAUUCACGGCCUUUAACUGUUUUAAGUUCUGAUCCAUCAGAGCUGGAGGCUUUGACUCCUGCGCAUUUUUUAAAUACUUCUCCGCUUAAAAUGCUUCCCGCAUUGGAACGAUUAGAAGCCUCUCCUAAUCUUCUUAAGAGAUACGAACUUCUUGAUCAACUUAUUAGGUCUUUUUGGAAGCGUUGGCGUGGAGAAUACUUACAUACUUUGCAAGUUAGGCAGAAGUGGAACACUCCUGCUUUCCCUGUGCGUGAAGGUAUGGUAGUUGUUGUAAUGCAGGAUAAUGUUUUGCCAUUACAAUGGCCCCUUGGGCUUAUUGUUGGAAUUUAUAAGGGCAAGGAUAAUGUAAUACGUGUAGCUCAAGUGAAAACAAAGGCUGGUAUUUUACAAAGGCCGGUGGUAAAACUGUGUCCGUUACCAUCACAAUAG